AGAGAGGGCAUGGAAUUCAGUAUAAAUACAAGCCAAGCUCUCCUCCAUUCUCAACUUCUAUCACUUCUCUCCUCCAUUCUCAACUUCUAUCACUUCUCUCCUCCAUUCACAACUUCCAUCACUUGACUGAGCUGUCCAUCCAGACUCUAAAAUAAAUUGAAGAAGCAGUAUCCAUGACCAACACGAUGACAUCAACAGUCCUCAUCAGCUUCCUGGCCUGUCUGUUCCUGGUCAAUGUUGAAGGCCAGGUGGGUCAUUCUAAAGCUCGGUGCCUGUGUCUGAAUGGACUGGUGAACCGGGUUAAACCUCUUCACAUUGAGAAGCUCGAGGUCUACACCUCCAGCCACUCCUGCAGGAACAUGGAGAUCAUUGUCACUCUGAAGAACGGAAAAGGGAAGAAGUGUCUGAAUCCAGAAGCUCCAUUUGCCAAGAAAACCAUUGAGAAAAUAAUGAAAAACCGAAGGAGUGUGCAGUGAAAUGAAUGACACCAGUUCAGGUGAGAACUCGAUAGAGAGAGAGAGAGAGCUGGAGGAAUGCAAAGAAGACUGCCUGAACACUGCCUAAAGACAGCCUGAAGACUGCCUGAAGACUGCCUAAAGACUGCCUAAAGACUGCCUAAAGACUGCCUAAAGACAGCCUGAAGAAUGCUUGAAGACUGCCUGAAGACAGCCUGAAGACUGCCUGAAGACUGCCUGAAGACUGCCUGAAGACUGCCUGAAGACUGCUUGAAGACUGCCUGAAGACUGCCUAAAGACUGCCUAAAGACUGCUUGAAGACUGCCUGAAGACAGCCUGAAGACUGCCUGAAGACUGCCUGAAAACUGCCUGAAGACAGCCUAAAGACUGCCUGAAGACUGCCUGAAGACUGCCUGAAGACUGCCUGAAGACAGCCUGAAGACUGCCUAAAGACUGCCUAAAGACUGCCUAAAGACAGCCUAAAGACUGCCUGAAGACUGCCUGAAGACAGCCUGAAGACUACCUGAAGACUGCCUGAAGACUGCCUAAAGACUGCCUGAAGACUGCCUGAAGACUGCCUAAAGACUGCCUAAAGACUGCCUAAAGACUGCCUGAAGACUGCCUGAAGACAGCCUGAAGACUGCCUGAAGACAGCCUGAAGACUGCCUGAAGACUGCCUAAAGACUGCCUGAAGACUGCCUGAAAACUACCUGAAGACAGCCUAAAGACUGCCUGAAGACUGCCUGAAGACUGCCUGAAGACUGCCUGAAGACAGCCUGAAGACUGCCUAAAGACUGCCCAAAGACUGCCUAAAGACAGCCUAAAGACUGCCUGAAGACUGCCUGUAGACUGCCUGAAGACUGCCUAAAGACUGCCUGAAGACUGCAUAAAGACAGCCUGAAGACUGCCUUAAGACUGCCUGAAGACUGCCUGAAGACUGCCUAAAGACUGCCUGAAGACUGCAUAAAGACAGCCUGAAGACUGCCUGAAGACUGCCUGAAGACUGCCUAAAGACUGCCUGAAGACAGCCUGAAGACUGCCUGAAGACUGCCUAAAUAUAUGUUUACACUGUUGAAUGGUACAAAUGUACAAAGUCAGUAUCUGUUACACAAUAUGACUUACUAGUUGAGUGACAUUUCUAGCAUUUCCAAUGGAAAAAAUAAAAAGCAUGUAAAUAUGUAAAUAUACUUUCUACUAUAUAAUGUCAAGAAUAUAUGUAUGUAUUUCUCAGGUUUUCUAUCAAAUUAAAAAAGAAGCAUUUGACUCUA